AUGAAUCUAUCAAACAUAUUAGAUAAUAAUAAUAAUAAUAAUACAUUUUCAAUAACAACAUUACAAUCAAUUCGAAAAUCUUAUGUAGAAAAUCCAUUCAAUUCAUGGUAUAUUGGUGGUAUUUUAUUCUUGUGUUCGUUCCUGUUAAUACUUGUUGGUGCAAAUUAUUAUCAUAAAAAUUAUUGUCAAUUAUGUUUGAAAUAUUUAACACCAAAUCAUCAGAUAACACAAACACCACCAUCAUCUUCAACUCAUUCUUUUGUAAAUCGUGUAGUUGAUCCAGUUCUUGUUUAA